AUGCUCGCCCUGCUCUCGGGCUUCACGGCCGUCCACCUGCCGUACAGCUACCUCAGCGCCGUCAUCCGCCCGGUCAAGGAGAAGGACGUCGUCGCGCUGGCCGACCGCCUGUGCGCCGCCCUGGACCACGUCCUGCACAAGAAGCGUGCCCUCCUCGAGACCGAAGUCUCCUUCGCCGUCCGCCCCGCCGCCUCGCGCAAGCCGCGCCCGCCGCAGGGUCGCGCCCUGCAGGGCCUCCCGCCCGACGUCGUCGACGCCGAGCGCUCCGUCUCCGCCCUGUUCGUCCAGUACAACGAGGCCGCCGCCGCGUGGCACGACGUCGCCUUCGCCCGCACCAACGUCGGCCGCCUGUUCACCGUGCUUGGCGCCCUCAUGCUCUUGCUGUGCGCCGUGCGCCUCGUCGCGGCCGUGUAUCAUAUCUACGCGCACCUGCGCGGCGCGGGCGUGGGGGGCAAGGGCGGUGCGUUUCUCAUCUCGCACCAUUUGCACGGGCUGCUGGUGCGCGCCGGCAUGCGCGGCCUGGACGUCAAAGUCGUGUACCAGUAUUCCACGCUGGGCAUCACCUCCAUCCUGAUCGCCGUCAACCUGCGUGCUGCGUUAAUGAGAAUGACGUCCUUGUUUGCGUUGCUGGCUGGAAACGAUGCUUUAAACAGCUCGGCCGCUGUGUUCAUCGCGCACUUGAUGGGGACUUAUGUGAUUUCGUCGACGGUGCUGAUACGCAGCUUUCUGCCGCCGGGAUCGCGCGUUUUGAUCUCGGACGUGCUGGGGAAGAUGGAGUUUCAGUACUUUCAGAGGUGGUUUGAUGUUUUGUUCAUCUCUAGCGCGGUGAUCGGGGCGCUAGUUCUUGCGUAUCAAUCAGGGUACUUGUUCCGGAGAGGCGGCGGGAAGAGAUUGCCUUCAAGGGGGUUUCGAAGGAAAUCGAAGAACGCUCUAGACUAGGAAGCUGACAUGUAUGCUAAUCAUAGUGUCUGUGUGUAAUACCGUGUAAACGAUAUAACAGAAGGGGGCUGAUCCCUCCGAUAUCGGCGAGAGCUCGUUGCGAAGCUUGUUGAAGGACGAUGGAUCCGGAAAAGGAAGCGCAGCAUCCCCAGCGCUAGCUUGGUGAUUGCAAGGGAGUCUCAAAGCGUGUGGUAUAUAUGAAUACUUGUAGACGCUAGAUACGUACGCGGUGACACGUAAACUCUGAACUCGA